AUGCCGCAGCCCGUAGCGGAGCGUGUAGCGAAGCGAGGCAUGGUGAUUGGCGGCUCCUUCUAUGCGACAAUGAUUGCUGUAUUUGCACUCGGCAUCUUCCUUGUCAAGACGCAGGAGAUCAUUAUCCCGCCCACCCUCAUGGCGUUCGUCACCUUGGCUUUGUUGGGCCUUGCUAUCUUUGGUGGCUCCUACGGAAUGAUGUCUGCUAGCUGGGACCCUGAGAAGGAAGGCAGUGCUUUGGGCGCGGAGGAGUUCUCAGAGAACAUGCAGAUCCUUGGAGAAGGCUUCAGAAGAGCCACCCUUGAAGAGGACUACGAGAAGGCCUUGGAAGCCAGGAAUGAGAGGCGCAAGUUGUUGGAGGCCGAUCUCAGCUCGUAG